CCUUCUUGGGGCCAUGGUUGCCGUGCCAUCGCUUCAAGCGCACGCAAUCUACCUGCACAAAGUCACCCUCACCUGGUUUAAGGAUCUCAAUGUGCCCGAACAAUUCGGCUUCGCCCACCACCAGGUCACGCCCUUUCACAUCCAAACAAGCGACGGGGAAAGGCUUCAUGCAUGGCACAUCCUGCCUCUUGGCGUAUACCUCGCCAACGAAGCAGCCUUACUCGCCCAAAGGCCCGGGGCUGGCGUGGUGGACCAAUUCGAGAAAACGCUGAACUUUCGGCUGUUACGGGAGAACCCCAAUGCGCGUCUAGUUCUGUACUGUCACGGCACCAGCGGCACCAUGGCGAGCGGGUGGAGACCUGACAGCUACCGCGCGCUCUAUGCGGCCGACCCCGUCAACACGCAUGUCCUGACUUUCGACUACCGUGGCUAUGGCCUCUCGAGUGGCCACCCGUCCGAGCCAGGACUCAUCACCGACGCGCUGGCCGUGGCGGACUGGGCCAUGCACACGGCCGGCAUCCCUCCCGAGCGCAUUGUCAUCUUCGGACAGAGUCUCGGCUCCGCGGUCGCCAUCGGGCUGGUUCACGAGCUUACCCAUGCACGGCACAAGCCACACGAGAAGGUACACUUUGCGGGCCUCGUCAUCACGGCGAGCUUCUCGGACGUGGCCCGGCUCACGGCCACGUACCGAAUAGGCGGUUUCAUCCCCGUCCUGUCGCCUGUUGCUAAGAUUGAUUUUCUGUUCAACUUCUUCACCAGCCGGCUCCACAGCACCUGGAACAACAUACAACGAUUGGGCGAGUUCAUGCGGCAUGCUGAGCGGCACCACGUUACGCUUCUGCAUGCCGAGGAUGACACGGACAUUCCCGCGGCGCACUCGAUGCGGCUAUUCCGGGAAGCUAUUCGUGUCGUCAAUGAACAGGAGGGCUUUAACAAUACUAUUUCUCUUGAUAAUCGGAUCCAAGCGAGGACCGAAACGCGAGGGCAAGGAGGCACUGUCACGGUGUGGCCUACGCGGAAAGGUGACAUCAGGUUCGAGCUUCUCAAGUUUGGGGUCCACGAUAAGAUCAUGUCCUUUCCGGCCACGGGUGCUGCCGUGGAGAGGGCCUUUCGGUCGGUCACUCUGAUCUGAUGGACCGGUGACGGAAGUCAGUGCUGCAAGGGUAAGUUAGCCAGCACGAUUUGGAGGUUAGCGGUAGCAGACGCAGCAGGACGACGCCAAUCGUAUAGGUAGACAUAGAAAAGCGUAGAGAAGACAACAUAAACGAAACCGUGGAUUUAAAAACCUGGUAGAGUCG